AAGAGGAAGAGAAUUGUGGGAUUGGUAUGGCGGCGCCCUUGAGAAAGUGAUCUUCUCCGGGUUUUCGCCUUAAAGCUCACCAAACUUAGUUCUCAUACAUGUAUACAAGCUUGGUACUCACAGUCAUUAACCAGACCAACCACUAAUUCUGUGUUGCCAUGGCAAAUCAAGGUGAUGUUAAAACAGAACCCCUCCCAAAUACACCACCAACUAUUGAAGUUGAGAGAAAGUUCACCUUCACUGACUCUACAGAAGAUAAAUUACAAGAACAGGGUGCCUCUCUCAUCCAGCAGAAGACAUUCACUGACAUAUAUUACGAUGUUCCACAGUACUCCUUGACUCUGAGUGACCAUUGGCUACGCCAGCGUGAUGGGGUGUGGGAGUUGAAGUGCCCCCCAGAAAAUCCCACAACUAAUGACCUUAGUCAAGUGACUUGCCAGUAUGCAGAACAUGUGACAAUUCCAGAGAUCAUAGCCAAGUGCUCUGCUGUCUUAGGGUUAGCCAUACCCACAGACAGCUCCAUGCAGGAGUUUUUGACCAGUGCCCAGUGUGGUCAGUUUGCCACCAUUAAGACUGAGAGGAAGUCGUACUCGUUGAAUGAAUUCAGUGUAGAUUUAGACACGGCAGACUUUGGUUUCCGAGUGGGAGAAAUUGAAGUGUUGGUUUUGGAGGAGAAUAAAAUUGCAGAUGCUUUGUCGCGGAUUGAUAUGUUGGCUAAAACACUAGGUGUAGGAGAAAGCAAGAAGCUUCCAGGCAAACUGAGUGCCUACCUACAGAGAUUUAGACCUGAGCAUUACAAGACAUUACUGCAACAUGAAAUUAUUCCUGAAGUUCGAGAUGAGCAUUUUUUUUGCUGAGUGAAUGGCUCUCCUUAAUGUAUGCGACUUCUCAUAUUUGAGAACACUCUAUUUUUAUCAGCUGAUAUUCCGGGUGCUAUUCCACUGUACUUUGCAAACC